AUGGGUGCUGAACCUUCAAAACCAGUUAUUUCUAAUGAUGUUAAUAGAAUGUGUUCAACUAUUACAGUAUUCUUUUCCAAAUUUCCUUCCAAAUUACUUGGGAUUCGGUAUGUUGUUUAUGCAUUAGCAGAUAAUGACAUUGCUAUUUCUUAUACAUCAAUGUUAAAAGAACAUUGGAAAGCGGGGAUAGAUGAAUCAGGAAAUACAUAUUAUUAUGAUGAAACAGUUCCAACAAUUAAAUAUUCAUCUGCACCACCUACACCAGACUUUUUGAUGUUAGAACAAAAACGUCUUAAAACAUCAUGGACUGUGACAUAUAAUUCUUCACAAGGAAGAAUUGAAUAUUCAAAGGAUAAUGAAGUACGAUAUACCCCACCUCCAAAAAAUAAUCAUGUAUUUAAAACAUUAAGAAUUAAUAGAACUCGUUUAGUUCAUAUUUAUUUUGCAUUACAACCAAUACUUAAUCAAACAAUAGAAUCUAAUGAAACAGAUGAAAUAUGUCCUAUUUGUUAUGACACAAAUGUAAACGUCUCUCUUCCUUGUGGACAUUCUUUUUGUGAUAAUUGUAUCAUUAAUUGGGUACAACAUCAUCAUUAUUGUCCUUCUUGUAAACAUCUUCUUGAAGCUGGAUGGAUGGAUAAUUGUUUACAUACACCAACAGCCUUAGUUACAAAAGCAUUAAAAUUGAUUGAAACAACUUUAUGA